AUUCAGGAAGACAGCUCACCACCACCUUCUCAAGGGCAGUUAGGGAUAGGCAAUAAUAUUGAACCCAGCCACAUCUCAUGCAUGAACUUAAAAAGAAUUGUUGCCCAGCUCAUGAAACUGCUUGGCUUUUCGCUAAGAUUUGCUUGGCAGCCUUGGAUUCUAGUGAUAUGUAUUACGUAACAAGUCUCAUACUUUGGGGGAGGUGCCAAAGAGGGAGGAGACUUAUUGCAUUGUCUCAGCACUGGUGACAGACCUUGCUAGACUCCUGCAUCUGAACAGUGCCUGUGAACAUUGAUCUGACAGAAAUGACACAGAGAAUGAGCACCAGCUAUUACAGUCCAUUGAUCUCAUGCCAAGACGACCAUCCUGUCGACUAUUUUUCCAAAGUGAACCAGGGAAAACGACGUCCCCAGAGAGGAGAUGAGGCAUCCAGUCCUUGGCCUGCUCUUGGACGGAAUAUGAGACCAGUUCACCUGCGGGCCCUCACUUCGAAUACAGAUGGUGAAGGUGGACUUUUCCUAUUAGAAGAUUUAGAUGUUUCUGAUCUCUACCAGCUGGAGCAUGGAACCAUUCACAAGCAGAGCUCAGGCAGUGAGCCAGAGAACAGAAGGUGCCUCCCCCUCAUUCCAGCCAAGAGGAUGCCUGUCCAUCCAAGGUCAAAUCACAGCUUCCAACAACCUUCUGUACAUCUCACUGGAAGGAUUCACAACCACGCUUUGCCCAAUCACUUAAGAUUGGCAAACAAGGCAUCUGACCGAGUGACAGAGAGGACAGGGAAGCUGGCUUUGAUGGGAAAAAAGUGCUUCAGAAACAGAAAGAUUCAGGUAUCCAGCCUUCCACAAGACUUCCAGAAGAUUCCACAGGCAGCUGGCCAUUCCGACGCCCGUAUCACAAUGCUGUAUCUCGGGAGAGGACUAAAGAUCCCUGCUCAGAGUGUCCAGCCGCGAGAUGAACUGAAGGUCUUUCAGCAGAUCUGUGGAGCUGAGAAUAUUUGUGUGUACAAAGGGCACCUCACUCAGAGAGAAAAAUUCCAGUUUUCCUCAAGGCGUCACCGUGGUUUUCCGUUCAGUGCUACGAUCUACAUCAAUGGGAUGGCAGCAGCACGGAUCAGCUGGUGCUGUGAGCACAGAUACCACUCCAGCUUCCAACAGGGGAGCAGAAGCUGUUUCCGCGUACUCUGUGUUCAGGGAGGAAUGCCCUGUUACAGGUGUUUGCUGGCUCAGCAGUAUCAAAAACACAGAAGUAACCAAACAAUAGAACAAAUUUGCCCUGGAAGAAAAGGAGAUCCACACUUCGAAGACAAAAGGACAGAAAAUGGUUUGAUACCAAGAUCAGAGUUUAAUUCAUUCAGGAGCAGUGGAGAAUGUGAGAGAGAUGGUAAGAUAACUGUGAACAGCAGACCUUCAAGCAACUCUGAUCACCAAGUGCUUAAAGCCAAAGAAACUCCACUGUGUUCAGGUGGGGACAGAGUUAACACCAACCUGCUGUACACUGGAAUGAAGCAAUGCCCACAUGGCUGGGUAUUGAGGGAAACUUUGAAGGUGAACAAUCCUCUGCAGAAUCUGGAUUCUGAUAGUGAAGAUGUGAGCGGUAAGGAGCAGGGGUUAAUGAGAAAGACUUUUGGGAACAAGUUGUGCCCAAGAGCUGAUAACACUGAGUGCAGUAGCCAAGCAUCUGCUGGAAAUGAUGAAAAUGCUUCAAGGGAACAACUUAGAAACCAGGAGGGAGACUGGAGAAAAGACUGUUGUGGGGCAGAUCGGGAUUACAUUGAUCAGGAAAGUGGCAGCAGCAAUGAUUCUGGCCGAGACAGGAGUAUAAGGAGAAAGGUAAGAAAGAAGAAAGUAAGGAGGCUGCAAGCAAGAGUGAAUGCUGAGGCAGAGGAUGAGAAAUUCUCUGAUCCAGUGAGCAAGGAUGUGAGAAAGACAUGGGCAAAAACAAGGAGGCAAAAGAAGAUAAAUUUUCUGAAAGGUGGACAUAUGACAUCUGUAAUACAGCACAGAGCAGUGGAAGAUGUCCAAAGAUGCCAUAGUCAGAUUACACCAUGGGAUCAGAUAAUCGAUUAUUUAAUAGAUGACACCAUGAAAAAAUAUCCUCCUGGAGACAAAGCAGGAAGCAAAUGCAGUUUCUGGAAAAAUGAAGCUGAAAGCCUUGACAACAAUCCCAACUGCAUGGAAGAAGGAACAAAGAUUGUACAAGACACAGAGAAGGUGUUCGGAGACGUCACUCAGGGAGGGGAUUCAAUAGUAAAUCAUGAAAAGAUGGGAAUGAAAGAGAAAACAGAUAUUACACAGAAAUUGUCAAUCAACAAGUCGACAGACCAGAAACUAGAUAAUUAUUUCAGCGGAGAGCUGAAGGAAGGACACACGGAAGUGAAAGUUCAAGGAAGUGGUGGUGAUAUUGCAGAGAGGCUGGAUGAUAUGAAUAAUCAACAAACAAAUAUCCACCACACCACAGGCAAGGAGCUCGAAGUGGCAUGCUGUGUUCGAGAGAAACUGGCUUUGGCUCUUCAAUCCACCACUGAAUGUGUCUGGUCUGAACCCGAACUUAGUGAGACCAGUGAGACCAGCAGAAGUGAAGACGGGCAGGAGAGUGAGGAAGAGGCAAACAGCCCAGCGCAAGGAGGGAUGAGCAUUGAUGAGAUUGGACUGCUCUCACUGUUGAAAAGGAAUGAUCCUGGAUCAGUAGCUGGGUGGAAGGAUGGUGAUGGUGUGGUAAUGGUGACGAGUGUCCAGCAAAUAAACACAAAGGUCUACAAUCGUACAAAUCCACACAGUGUGCAAACAGGGAGUCAAUUGGAAACAAGCUCACCAGAUCCAAAGGAUGUUGUAGCCUGCUCUUCCACCAACUCAUUGCAGGAAGGAUGUGAGCCUGGUCAUAUGUCAGGCAUCAGGUCUGACACAAAGGGAAAUGAGGACAUUGGAGGGGAACCAAUUCCCAAGCAGAAAAUUCAAGACCCCGAAAAUACUGAAGUGCAUCACUGUCUAAAGACACCAGUAGAAAUGUUUGCAAAUCCAACUAGUGUAAUCAAACCCAAGGAGGGUGAAGGCAAACAGACUUUACCCAGCAACCAGUCCAAUUUCCAGCCACUUGACAAUUUAACGUGCAUUAAUGACACAGACAGGGAACACCAUCAGCCUGUAUGUUACAACAUGGAGCUCAGGAAUGGGCACACUCUAUCUAGAGAGGUAAUGGCAAAGGCUGAAGGUAAAGGUGCAGGUACUGAGCAGCUCCUAGCCUAUCCAACGCUGGAAAAUAAAGAGGAAGAAGAGACCACGCUAAUUGUCAGCUCAUGGAGUCAGCAAGCAGCGGGCACCCUGAGAAAACAAAUUAUAGACACAGUCACGGUGCUCUGGGCAUGCAAAUCGGUGGGGCAAUUGAUUGUGAGGAACACCGGGCUGACCGAUGACCUCCUGGAAAUGCUUGUCAGCACACUGGUUAGCAACAGUGAAUCAGAGGUGGAAACAAUUAAUCUCAAUUUAAAUAACCUUGGGCCAUUCAGUGCUCAACUUCUGGUGGAGCUUCUCAAAGCCAAGCCUUCAGUGAAGUGCCUGUUGUUGUAUGGAAACAAAUUGGGUGACAAAGGUGUCAGCAUCUUGAUGGAUGGAUUAAUUGACCUCUUCCUGGCUGAGAAGGCAGAACAAGUCAGAGUUAGUAUUCCUCUGGGGGAACAGCACAAAGAGAGGCUGCAACUGAUGGAACUUGACAUUGGAUCAAACCAACUGACGAAUGAAGGGUUAAAAAGUGUGGCCAGGUUUCUCAGACUGAACCCGCCACUUGAAUAUUUGGGAUUAUCCCAGAAUGCUGCUGUAGGCUUCACCAGCUGGUGCGAACUCUUCGAUAUUUUAAAAGACAAGGGGGCUAUUUCUCACCUGCUCCUUGAUGAAAAUGGGCUGGGCAAUGAGGGGGCAAAACGCUUGGCUGAUGCUCUCUAUGUUAAUGGGAGUCUCUGCAAAAUAGACCUUGACUGGAAUGAGAUAGGUGAUGAAGGUGGCCUGGCACUAGCUGAAGCCUUGGCCUCCAAUCCUCACCGAUCACUCGUACACUUGAGUCUAGAUGGAAAUAAGCUCAGCACUGGAGUGAAAAAAGAACUGAAUGCAUUAAUUACGGAAAAUAACCAAAAGUCACCCACACUAUGCCUGUCAUGA